AUGCAUUGUACAAGUUUCGUCCCUGUAUAUUACUACGCGAGGAAUCUUAAUGCUGGUGCAAAUGAUUUUCCUUGGCCUGUAUUUAAUGACGACAUUUCCCAAAAAAAUGGGAGAAGCUACAAUAUUUCAUUGCCACCAUGUAGCGCGGACCAAUAUUUAGGAUAUGAUAAGGAGAUAAUGAGACAGAAAAUGCUUGAGCAUGAAGCCACGUUUAGACUUCAGGUCCAGGAACUACAUCGUCUAUACAAAAGACAAAAGGAGUUGAUGGACGAAAUGCAGGGGAGAGAGAUCUCCACGCAACAUGUACAACUGCAUGCAUCAGAAUCAUAUCCGGAUUUGUAUCAGGUCCAAUCUGACACUACUCGUUUGGUUUCACAUACUCCCAGCUGGCUGUUUGGAAAUUGUUCAGGGAGUAAGUUGUAUUCAGUAACUGCGGACAGCUUUCAAGAACCUCCUUUUGUUGCAGAAAAGAGUGUAAAAGGAGAAGCUGGCCCGCCCUUAUCAAAAAACAGAUCUACCGAACUGGAAAAACAGUCAUCCCAAAGUAAAAGAUGUGACAAGAAGAUUUUGGAUCUUGAACUUCCAGCUGAUGUGUACAAUGACGAUAAAGAAGUGGAGCAGUUUGAAGAGGGAAAUAUUAAUGUAGCACCUGACAUUCUGUCCAGUGUUCUCAAGAAACUUGACUCUCUUGAAUCACUGAGUUCAAGUUCCACUUGUCCUUUUCAAACUGAUACCGGCCACAUGGAGAUUGUUCACAAUGAUCAGGAUGUGAAUUGCGAUAAGGGCUCAGAUGGUAUAAAUUAUGCACGACUUAUUGAUCUAAAUUCUAUGCCCCUCAGUUUAUCAGAGACGACAAUUACCCUGGAAAACACCAGGAAUAUGGAAGAGGAAACUAAACUUGAAAAUUCCGAUGGAAGAGCAAAAUCAGAUGAUGAUGAAUUUUUGACAUUUAACACUGACAUCGAUUUGAACAGUGGUGUAACUGGGGAUGAGCCUUCGCCAUUAGUGCCAAAUCAAAAUGGUGGAAAUGAUGUGGAAAUUGACUUGGAGUGUUCUUCACAGAGAGAAAUAUCUGAGAACAGCCAACUGGAGACACCUCCCAUUCUGCCCAACCAGGAUGGAGAACCAUUCAUCGAACUUGAUAGGAUUGCUGCAGAGACUUUGAUUUUGAUUUCAUCGUCUAGAGUUCAACAGCGUUUGAAGUCCAGAAGUAGUGAACCACUAGACAACUCUAACAACCGUCUAUAUUGGUUUGCUGAGAUUGUUUCUUUCAUGGGAAAUGAAGUGCUGCAUGCGGUUGAGAAACACCAGAAAGGAUCUGUCGACAAUGAUCAAACUGAGGUUUCAAGUGAUGGCAUUGAUGAUUACAAGUCAAUGACAUUGAAGCUGCACCAAGGCCAUGGUAAUUAUUUUUGUCUAGACGUUCAGAAAGAGAAAGAAACAGUUGAUGUUACAUUGCCAGGUCGACCAAGCAGGGGAAGAGUACGGGGAACUAGGCAGCGCAAGGACUUUCAAGUAGAAGAGGACGUUCAAAUGAAUGAAGAAUUCCUCAAAACAGGUUCGCGGAGGAGAAAUGCAGUCAGGAAGACUUCUGCAAAACAAAAGAAACAUUCCAAUUUACGGCCUUCAAAUCGUGGGAAGAAAUCAGUGAGUUCCAUUUUGAAACAGCCUGCUACUUGCAGUAAACAGGGCUUUUUGGAGAACUUGAUGGGAUGGGGGAAGAUGAAGAAACGUCAAGGAGCCCGAGCUAGAAAAAACCAUCAUUAG